CUGGCGAAUAUUCCCUGUCUGACUAGUACGUCUCUAUUUUCACUGAAAUCACAUUGUGGAAGGGUGAUUUUCCCCAACCAGUCGAUGUUUUUACGAAAGCUUGUAUGGCGACUGUGAGGGCGCCGUUCUGACGACGCUCACCAGUCGCCCCUGGACGCUUCGAAGGGGUAGAACCAAUCAUACGAACUAAUUUUCAAAAUUUCAAUUCAAAAAGGCGAUGUCCUUACGAAAUUUUCCCUAACAAAAAAACAAUCCCCUCUUGCCCCCCUGAAAAAAAUAUUUCGCCCCCUCAAAAUCAUGAUAUUCAGUGGAUAUUCCUUUUUACACGAAAUUAUCGCGAAGUCAAAGACGAUCUAUUCAAACAUGAAAGAAAGGAUAAAAAUCUAUUGAAAUGUUGCGUAUCUGAUAUAAAAAUUUCAGAAGUGGGAUUUAAGAUGAAUCGUGAUAAUGAGGAACAAAAAGCAGUCUCCCAAACUCUCUGUGGCGCAUUGCAGAAAGAAGCUAAUUGCAAAUGUUUGGUACUUUCUGUACUCAUUUACGGAUGUCUUGCUGCCGUUACGUGGUGUCGUUGCGCAAAUGUCACCAAGGUCGUCAUCAAUUAUGCGAAAUACCCCAUUCGAAGCACAAAAAAUGUGUCGCCCUGCGAUGAUGGUUACAUAUACAUACCUGUUGCAUUUAUGGGAAUGUUGUAUCUUGUUUAUCUGGUGGAAUGCUAUCAUUCUCCAAUCAGAAUUGACCUUUUACAUGCGGAGGGCCAAAGCAGUGUUCUUGCCAAGUUGACCCAACUGAAAAUUGCUCAGCCAACAAUUUGGUGGAAGGCCAUUUCCUACCACUAUGUGCGUAGGAAGAGACAAAUCACUCGUUACAGAAAUGGUGAUAAUUACACAACAACUCAGGUUUACUACGAAAGAGUGAACACACACGCGGCGACGUCAUUUUAUUUCUACGAUUAUUGUGGUGUCAAAGACAUCAGUAAGGAAUUAAUUCUCGAUCCGAAAGUACCAAUAACAAAAAUUACUCUCACAAAAGGAUUCGCAUUUUCUAACGUGAGAUCGGCCACCGAAUUCGAAGAGGCGAGGUCACGUUUUUUCGCAGAACAGGAAUUCAGAGACGACUACAUGGAAAUGAGAGAGAGUCUCGACUUGGGUUACAAUUUCAAUCCCAUUACUUUGGUGGCGGUCCUUGGUAAUCCCUGGUUCACCAAUUCCUAUGUAUAUUGGUGUCUGAGUGCUCUUCUCCUCAGCUGGCCACUUAGAAUCAUCAUUGAAUAUAAAACUCAGUAUGCAGAUUAUCAGAUAACAAAACUUUUCGGAGUAAACUACGACACACCAAUGACCUCACAAAUACACGCGUCUUCCAGUCAAAUAAGCGCUCCAGGAUCCUACAUGUUAGCACCGAGUUACAGCGAAGCACUUCUAAUGGAGCCUGUAGUGUCAUCGAGAGCCGAAGAAUCGUCAGAAAGAGAAAAUCUCAUCGAGGCAUUCGAGUCGGAUAUGGUUCCAAGUUAUUCCGAGGCUCUUCUCUACGAGCGAGCACAACACAGUUCUCAGCAAACCGACACCGACACCGACACCAAUCUCCAAUAUCAUCAAAUACAACCCUCCGAAACCUGUGAGUGUCCAUGUCACGUUGGCGAACUACACAAACCCGAAGAAUCACAACCCGAAGCUUCCACUUCUUCCAAAACGGAAAACAAUCCCCCAGACGAAACGGAAUUAGAAAAUAAAACCCCACAACACUUGACUGAAUCACCACAGAAUCCAGAGAAUUACAAAACCCCAACGACAUCGAUUUAUCCCAACAGAAAUCGACUCAGCGAUUGUAAUUACACGACACAAUUGAAAAUUUGCAGCGCUUGCUUGAGGAGUUCGGCGAGCGAUCCAAACAGACUAAAUCGCGAUUUCAGUGAUGUGGGUUGUAGUCGAUUUUUAUCAAAAUUAUCGCGAACAAAUUCUAGAGACAAUUCGAUAGAAUUAUUGAACGCAGCCUGUGAAAAUAAUACAACGAGAAAUUUCUCCAGGGAUAUUUCGGAACCGGAUCUACGAACCAAUUCGGAAUUAGCCGAUCCAACGAUGAAAUUCCUUUGGACGAAUGGUCGGAGUUUAGAGAAUAUUUUAGAGAAUGAAGAGCAAUCGGAUGUAUUGAAGAAGAGAGCAAGGUCUGAGAGAGCAGAAGCCUUGAUUUUAGAGGAUCCAAGUCCCAGCACUCUGACGCGAGAAGAAAUGGUCGCGAGAGGGGCGAUUCCAAAAAAAUUCCCUCCCAAUAACAGUAGAAGUCGAGUGACGGUGAAUCCAAUAUCUGAAGUUGUCAAAAGAAUUCCCACGUCGAAAACUUAUUUUUGUCUCAAGUCGAUUUUAAAGAAUAAACAAAGACGAUACACGUUGGUGACUCCAGAGGAAUUUCAGAGUCUCGAUCCAGAAAAGGCUGUUGGUGAAAUUGAAUUUUGUAGAAAUAGAGAAAAUUUUCUUCCCGGUGUUUCGGCACAAUGUCGAUGUAGUAACUGUGAUAAUGAUAAUGUUAAUGGCGUCGAUAGAGAAUCCUCUAGGAUAGAGUCUGAAGAUUUUAACAGGGGUGGUCUGAAAUCGGAGAAUUCCAGAACGCUGAUAUUUGUGAGUCCAAUACAAGAAAUCUGUCCAAAGGAUCCGUUUCAGGGGAAAAGCUUCCAAAACCCAUCGAAUGAUGAAGAAUUUUCCAGUUUGCCACCCGUCUUGUCGAGGUUCAAGAGAUCGCUGACCGAGAGAGAAGUUUCAGCCUCGAGUUCAAGGAGCACUCAGUUUGGGCAGCAUCGAACCAUGAGCACUGGACCCGAUCAGAUUUUCUCCGAGAGACACGAUCCUGCCAUUUCCCUUCCAUCGUACGACGGCGUGACGAUCCCUCCCGACUCUAGAAUAAAUAUGCAGAACAACGAUGAUCUUCUUUCGAUAAAUAAUUGCCCGUCAUUGGCACAAGAGGACCAAACCAGUCCAAAGCAGUUUGGCUCUGAAGACCAAUCCAGUUCAAAUUCCAAUUUAGAGAGACCCCGAUUGACUCGCUCUCUCACCGAGAGGAGAGUCAGGUCUGACCAAAGAAAGCACGAUCCAAUUCUACGCAAAAGCUUCACCGACCGAAUAGAUUAUUCUUUUAAUAAAGGAGCCGAUGGCAAACGCACGAAUCUCAAUAUGGAGACUUCUCUAUAAAAAUAAUAUUUAUAUAGAGAAUAUAUAAUAUUGUGAUUUAGAGACAAGUGACGAAUUUCAUUGACGGAAAACAUUACGGAAAUUGUCCGCCUCUACUAAACAGAUACUUAAGGGGAGACUUCGACUGUAUUUUUAACUAUAUCAUAAGAAAAUGAUUUAAAUCUUUCAUAAAAU